GCUUUGGCUCUGUUCCUAUGGCGACAGGAGGUUCUUGAUAGGAACUUUUUUUUCCCGGAACGUUGUGUACGGGCUGUGUUUCCAGUUUGAGCAUUGCCCGAUUUUCUGAAGAGCAGCCGAGAGGAGAGGGCCGAAUCAUGUCAGACUCUGGACACAGUCAGCCCAGUAUGUACGUCCCUGGGCGCAAUAGGAGACGUCGCUGGAUGGAUCAGGGCCCUGGUGGGAAUCUCAACCUCUCCGAGCCCGGCCGAGAGAGAGACCCCAUGCUGCGAGGAGACCGGGAUCAAGACAGAUGGGAUGGAAAUGAUGACACCGCUGGCUACACCAUGCAGAAGACCCCCAUCAUCCUGGCUAAGCCUGCUGCUGAGCGUCCAAAGCCGGCGCCUGUGCCACCUGCCCUGGAAAAACCCAUUGUUCUUAUGAAGGCCAGAGAGGAGGGAAAGCCGACCCCGACAGCAGAUGGUGCCAACCUCCCACCUACUGCUGCCACAGCGAAGGUAGAGAAAGAAGGGCAGCGCCCGACACAGCCGGUGUAUCAGAUACAGAACAGGGGCAUGGCGGCUGCAGCAGGGAACGCCAGUGGUAACGUGGAUCCUGUGGUCGGUCAGGCGAAGCUGAUGCCCCCUCAGAAGAUGAAGCACAGUAUUAAGCUGGUGGAUGAAUACAUGAAUUGGGGUGACAGCGCUAUUGAGUUCCUGCUGGAUCAGACUGACGUCCUGGUUGUUGGAAUCCUUGGGUUCCAGGGCACCGGCAAGUCCACAAUGAUGUCUUUACUAUCCGCCAACAAUCCAGAUGAUGACCAGAGGUCGUACGUCUUCAGGAUGCAAAGCCAAGAGGUGAGAGAGCGAGCAGGAAACCAGACAAGUGGCAUCGAUUUCUUCAUCAGUCAGGAGAGGAUCAUCUUCCUUGAUACACAGCCCAUUCUCAGUCCUGCCAUACUGGACCACCUGAUAAAUAAUGACCGGAAACUGCCCCCUGAGUACAAUCUACCGCACACAUAUGUGGAGAUGCAGUCUUUACAGAUCGCUGCCUUCUUGUUCACGGUGUGUCAUGUGGUCAUCGUGGUCCAGGACUGGUUCACAGACUUUAAUUUAUACAGGUUUCUACAGACUGCGGAGAUGCUGAAGCCGUCUACCCCGUCAGCCAGCCAUGAGUCUAGCGGAUCUUCUGGAGCAGAUGAAGGCAUCGAGUAUUACCCCCACAUAGUGUUCCUACAGAACAAAGCCAAAAGAGAAGACUUCUGUCCCCGCACCUUGAAGCAGAUGAACAUGGCGGUCGACAGGCUCAUGUGUCACUCACGUCUACGUUAUAAAGGCACCAUUUCCAUGUUGGACUGCAACAUUUUUCCUGGGUUACCCUAUGACUUCCUGGAUUCAGAGGUGAAUUUAUUUUUAAUACCAACCAUGGAAAAUGACACAGAUGAGACCAUCUCCAGAGCAGCGUCAGGAGGAAAUCCAGUGCUCCUGCCAGGAUACAAGGGGCACCCCAGCUUCCACACCAUGAUCAGUAAACUUCGAAGCCAGAUUAUGUCCAUGCCACGGCCGCAGCUUUCACAUACUAUACUGACAGAAAAAAACUGGUUCCACUACGCCGCUCGUAUCUGGGACGGUGUGAAGAAGUCGUCGGCACUUUCUGAGUACAGCAGAUUACUAGGCUAGGAGAGACACACGACCACCAUGGUGCUUAUGGACUGUGGUCUGCUCGGUAGACCGGACAGGAGGUCAGAGGUCACAUUUUAAGGGGUUCUCGGUAAACAAAAACGCCUUAUACCUUCCAGCAUCACUAGACCAGGGAGGAGCCAUAGUUAAUGCCGUCUUACCUUUUUGUGUGCGAGGCGGAAGGAGAUACGUUUUUUUUCUUGUUCGGAUAAUGGUACGGUGGACUGGAACUGGUAAGACGCUCAUGACGGAGGAGUGUCUGAUCUGUACUUAUCAUGAGACUGUGUAAAUAUGUGACCAGGGCUGUUAGGGGGGGCGCUACAGGCAGCGCUCACCCCAAAAAAGAAAGAAUGACAAUUAAAAAAGAAUGCAACAACCUUGGUGAAAUGCUUUAUAUAAUCUCUGCAGGUCUCUUCUGUAUAAGGUGGGUGUCACAAAAAGCCCUAUGCCCCCUCCGAGACAUG